GCACAAUCAAUCACAGUUCUGUGAUUUCAAUCCAAUAAGUCUUCCAAGUAUUCAAAAGAUAAAUUCAUCUCCUUAAAAACGUUCAAAAUGGCGAAUCUUACAAUCUUAGUAACGCACCUCGAAGUACCACAAGUUGGUCUUGAUAUUCUAAGUCGUUCAUGUAAUUUAGUGUUCUGUGAAAGUUUACCCCCAAAUCGUUCGGAAAUUCUCGAAAAGGCAAAAGGAGUCGAUGGAAUAUUAUGGGCUACCCAUGAACCUCUCAAUGGGGAGGUCCUUGAUGCCGCGGGUCCAAAUCUGAAGUCCAUUUCAACUAUGAGUGCUGACCUCGACUUUGUGGAUAUUCCAACUUUGAAAAAUCGCCGUAUGCCACUAGGAUAUACCCCCGAUUUGGAAUAUUCUGCCAUCGCAACACUUGCCGUGGGACUGAUGAUAUCAGCCGCUCGGAGGUUCGAUGAAGGGAGGGUCAAAAUCGAAACUGGCCAUUGGGAAACACACCAUUUACAAUGGAUGCUAGGACAGGAAGUCAAAGGUGGAAUUGUCGGUUUUCUUGGAUUCAGCGAGUUAGGUCAAACUAUUGCGAAACGUCUUCAAGGAUUCGACACUCAAAAAUUUAUAUAUACCAGUGACAAGGAUGAACCUGAUGCAAGUGACUACAAAGCCCAGAAAGUCUCUUUCGAGGAUCUUUUGAAACAAUCAGAUUUUAUUUUCAUCACUUGCCCGCUCACAAAAGAAACAAAAGGAAAAUUUAAUGCCACUGCCUUCAACCAGAUGAAACCAACUAGUGUCCUGAUAAAUGUUUCCAAUGGGGGAAUCGUAGAUCAGGAUGCCUUAUACGAUGCUUUGAAAACACAAAAAAUCUUUGCUGCUGGUAUUGAUGAAACCACCCCUGAACCUUUACCAAAGACCAGUAAGCUCCUGCAACUUUCAAACUUGAUUGUCACACCACACCUUGGUUCCUCAACAAAACGAACAGUUGAUGACAUGGCUGUGAUAGCCGCUCACAACGUCAUUCGAGGAAUUGCUGGUGAACCAAUGUUCGCACCAGCUUACAUUUUACCCCCUGAGAAGACGCCAGAAGUGAUAUCCAAAGAUUAAUUUUGUAUGAUAAGCUCCUAAUUAAUUAAAAUUAUUAU